UUUUUUUUUUCAUCAUCUUUACUUAUCACAAAAAAUGAAAUUCGCUUUUACAAUUCUCUUGGCUCUGUGUCUUUUCGCUAUGACCCUUGCUCAAUCUACCGCAGGUAUUGCUACCACUGCACCUUUAUUAAACGCUACAGUGGCUCUUGGCUCGAACUAUACAAUUCAAUGGUCUGUCACUGACGUGAAUGCUACCACUAUUGAAUCGAUUUCCUUGAUGCAAGGUAACCCUCUUUAUCUAUCGGUGGUCAUUGCUAAUAUCCUUACGAAUGGAUCCAUCCCUGUCAGCGAUUUGGGCUAUAACUGGACUGUCCCUACCACCCUCCCUCCAAGCACUGACUAUGCAUUUUCCUUUUUCGGAAACAACUCUGGCAUCACAUAUUCUCCAUUCUUUACUCUCCAGUAAUUGUUUAACCAAAAAAAAAAAAACAAAUAAAUAAAUAAAUGUAUAUUUCAUAAUAAAGAAGAAAAGGGUAUAUUUAUGAUUGCAUAUCCGGAUUCAAAUCUAAAAUCCAGAAAGG